AUGUCUUCUUCCACUACGACCCUCUCCAAGGCCUCCUCCGCUCCCUCGGCCUCGUUGUCCACCAAAGAUACCUUUGGACGUACCUUCCACGUCCCUGACUACACCAUCAAAGACAUCUUACUGGCCAUUCCCAAAGACUGCUAUGAACGGUCGUUACUUCGUUCCUUGGGCUACGUGGCUCGUGAUAUCGCCAUGAUGGUGGUGAUUGGAAAACUAGGAAACACUUAUAUUCCCCUUUUGGAGUCCACUUUACUUAGAGGUGCCUUGUGGACGCUCCAGACAUACCUCAUUGGUCUUUUCGGGUUUGGGCUCUGGAUCUUGGCCCAUGAAUGUGGCCAUGGCGCCUUUUCUGACUUCCAGAACGUCAACGACUUUAUUGGCUGGGUUCUCCAUUCGUACCUUGGCGUUCCUUACUUUUCCUGGAAGUUCUCCCAUGCUAAGCACCAUAAGGCUACUGGCCAUUUGACCAGAGAUAUGGUUUUCGUUCCGUACACUAAGGAAGAGUACGUGGAGCACCAUGGGGCCAGCAGAGUUGGCGAAAUCGUUGAGGAACUGCCGAUUUACACUUUGGCGGUGCUUAUUUUCCAGCAGCUUGGCGGUUUGCAGUUUUACUUGGCUACUAACGCUACUGGUCAAAGCAUUCCCGGAGUUUCGUGGUUUGCCAAAUCCCACUACGCUCCAAAAUCGCCUAUUUUUGAUAAACACCAGUUCUGGUACAUUGUGCUUAGCGAUAUCGGCAUUUUGGCGACCAUAGCUGGUGUCUAUACAGCUUCUAGGAUGGUCGGCACCUUUCCAGUGCUUAUCAACUGGUUCUUCCCGUGGCUCUGGGUCAACCACUGGUUGGUUUUCGUUACUUUCUUGCAGCACACAGACCCUAGUAUGCCCCAUUACUCUGAAAAGGAAUGGACGUUUGCUAGAGGCGCUGCUGCUACUAUAGAUCGUGACUUUGGCUUCAUUGGUCAGCAUAUCUUCCAUGAUAUCAUUGAAACUCACGUUUUGCACCACUACGUCCUGAGAAUUCCAUUCUACAACGCCAGAAAAGCCACCAAGGCGAUUAAAGAGGUCAUGGGAGAGCACUACAGGUACGAGGGAGAGUCUAUGUGGAAAUCGUUAUGGAAGUGUCUUAGAAGCUGCCAGUUUGUUGCAGAUGAAGACGCCAGUGGUGUUUACAUGUUCAGGAACGUGAACGGCAUUGGUAUUAGGCCAAAGAAUUAG